AUGAAUCACCUAAGUUUAAGCUAGUAGCAUGAAUUAGUUUAAUUACUAACAAUAUAUAAUAAUAAGCAUGGAUAGAUACAUAAUUCAAACCAAUCAUUUGAUGAGAUGUUGAAAUAGUUUAUUAAAAUUUACUCUAGUAGGUUUUAAUAAAAUGAAAAUCAGAAGACUUUAAUUAGUUCACAAGUGUUAAUAUCAAGUCAAGAAAUCAUGUAGAAAGAGUCAUAAUAGCAGUCAAAGAUUGCAAAUUUGGAUCGACUCAAAGAGCAAAGGGAGUAAUUGCUUUUGAAACUAGAUUAAAGAGAAUAAGAGUUGUCGAAGAUAGAAAAGCUUAUAGAGAGUCUUAAUAAAAAAGAAUCAAUUUAACAUUAAUUUGAAGAUCUGAAUGAUGGAAUAUAGAUGUGUAAGGAGAAAUGUGCACUGUUAUAAGAAGAGAAUCGUGAGUUUACGAAGAUUGCUGAAUCUCUGAGAUAGCAAAACGAUUAAUUAAAAUGUCGCUAUUCUAAAGUAAAAUGGAUGAAUAUUAGAUUUCUAGGCUCAUUCUACUUAUGA